ACAACUAGUGGCAGCCCAUACACUACCAACAAAAAAUAUAAAAAUUCCUAAACUUUGCAAACAAACAAGCAUAUCAAACAAGAAGUGGAGAGGUUAAUACUACAAAGUCCUUGAAUACAAUAAACAAACUGUGAAGUUAAGUGAACUAACAAGUGUUGGCUCAAAAGGACACGUAUCCAGGGCCGUUAAACCUAAUAUAAAAAAAUAUAUAUAGGUAUUAUUUUAUUAUUUUGCUGUUUGCUUGCUAACCUAAAACGGUUUUCUAAUAAAGUUUGAGUUCUGAGUGAUACGCGUACAUAGCGUUACUACAAAGUAUAUAAAACACAACACAAACGAUUGUCGUCACAUACAUUUUGACACACAUACGAUGUCGGGACGAGGUGGCGGGCGGCACCGGCAGCGCGCGCGCGGCGGGCGGGCGGCGCGGGAGGGCGGGCCUCCGGGGGCAGGCGGGCCGGUGGACGCGGCCGCCGCGGGCCCAGUGCUGGCGCAGUUCCGCGCCGCCGCCGCCGCGCUCAACGACCGCCACGACCGACACGAGCGCCUCGUCAAGCUCUCCAGAGACAUCACUAUCGAGAGCAAGAGAAUUAUAUUCUUGCUACAUUCAGCCAUCAGCGUUGAGGAGCAAGAGAAGGCCACAAUGGAUGCCAUGGACAGACUGAAUGCUCUCAUAGCGGGCCCCAUUAAAGCCAUAGGUAUAGAGCUCGAGCAGAAACCUGCAUAUCUGCAUGCUCGAGCUGUCUCUCCUGGAUUUCAGGAAUUCUGUGAAGCAUAUACCUUCUGCUACCUAAUGAAACAUAAGGAGCUUCCACCAUGGUCAAAACUUCAAAAUGAUUUUACAUAUCAGAUUAAAAACAUAGAAGUGGAGGAGCAACCAGAGAGAACCGUGGUGACGAUGCUGACUCAGAGCGACUUCCUGCUGGGGCUGGCAGACCUCAGCGGGGAGCUAAUGCGCCGCGCCAUCAACAGCAUCUCCCGAGGCAUCGCCAGCGACAACCAGGAGUGCCACAGCUGCUGCCAGACCACCCGGGACCUGUUCACUGGAUUUGUUGGUCUGUUCGGCGCGAGCAAGGAGGUGUCGCGCAAGCUGUGCGUGACGCGCGCCAACGUGGGCAAGGUGGAGGCGGCGCUGUACGCGCUGGCGCUGCGGCCAGCGGGGGCGGGGGACGCGGGGGCGGGCGGGGCCGGGGGCGCGGGGACGGCGCGCCUGCGGGACUGGGCCGAGCCGCCCGCGCUCUCCGACGACGAAGGCUUCUACUGAUCUCAUUACUGCGAAGUGUGUGUCCUCCAAUUGGAAUGGAAGAAUGAUCCAAAUGAUUGAAUAUCUAAAACAGGGAUAUGAUGUCGGCGGAUUUGGAGCGUCUUCAGUGGCCAUCCUUAUAGCCUGAGUACAUGUUUAUGAUUAUCGUUCUUUAAUCCUUGAAUACAUAUUUUUGUUUGA